AUGACCAAAGCACGUUUUGAAGAUGUCGUUGGUCAAUUCCCACAGCUCAAAUCUUACAAUCAUGGAUUUGAUGUUGUGACAGCACUCGAAGCUGCGAUUACAGACAUUGUUGCCAAUAUUCCAUGGCUGGGUGAACAGGUUGUCCAUGAAUGUGGUAUCAAUGGAAGUUCAGGCAUCAUCAGGACUGCGCCAUGGCCGACAGACCUCGAUGUAGCAAACAGAAUCCUUUACGUCAAGGAUCAUACAGAAGUGUGCCCCUCAUACGACGAGCUUCUAGAAAAUUCAGGCCCUGUCUCUAUGCUCGAUGGCAGUCUACUUUGUCCACUCCCGGGGUUUCCGUUGAGCUACGAUGUAGCUAAGAUUGGCGGCGCCGCGCCUGUCGUGGCAGUCCAGGCGAGCUUCAUCAGAGGUGGUGUCAUAAUCAAUUUCUCAAAUCAGCACAACGUGAUGGAUGCAAGUGGUAUGUUCGUUUUUAUCAUGCUUCUCGCCAUCGCAAUGCAGGGGAAAAGUCUACCACAAGCAUACAUCGAUCAGGCGAACUCAGAUCGCACGAAAGUCAUUCCUCUACUCGAACCUGGGGAGCCUUUACGUGAUCACAGCCAUCUCUUGAAGCAAGUUGACCUCCCGCCAUCUGUUAAAGCGCCACCAAUCCCAUCGGAAUGGGCAUUUUUCCGCUUAAGACAGGACGGCAUACCUCAAAUCAAGGCAGCUGCUUCGAACAAGGACGAAUUCGAGGCCCCGGUGACAUAUAUAUCAACAAACGACGCAUUAUGCGCUUUUUAUUGGAAGCGGCUGGCCACUGUGCGUCUUAAGAAUGGCAGCGUAAAUCCAUCGGCCUCGUCCAAGUUUUCGCGCGCAAUCGAUGCUCGCGCUGCUGUUGGGGCGCCGCCUGCCUACAUGGGCCAGCUGGUAUACCACGCUGCGACUCGCGCCACUUACCAGGAGCUUGGAUCGGCGGAAUUGACACUUUCAAGACUCGCAUCUCGUAUGCGAAUCGAUCUGGAUGCUUCAAAUAAUGAGUGGGCGGUCCGAAGCUACGCCACUUUUCUUGCUGGCGUGUCCGACAAGUCGCAGCUCGUCUAUGCUGGCGGCCUAAACCCUACUCUAGAUGUCGGCGGCUCUUCUAUGGCGCAGACCACGACCGGCGCCCUUAAAUUUGGCGUCCUGGGCACACCCUCUCUUCUUAGGCGCCCUAAUCUCUUUCCGGUUCCCGGACUUAUGUAUGUGUACCCGCCAGAGCUUGACACAGGUGAUCUACCCAUAUUGGUCUGCCUGAACGAGCAGGAUAUGGAAGGGCUGAGGACAGAUGCUGAGUGGAGUGCCUACGCCGAGUUCAUAGGAUAG